CGCUGCGCAAGCGUGAGACGAGGGUUAAUGAAGCCGGGUGGAGAAUGGAGAGUUACAAAACCCCAGCUGAAGCUUACCUGCCUUCCCAAAUCCAAGUCACUUUCGCUUUGUCAAGCACGAAGUCAACAAGUUCGAUGGUCAACCUUUCUACAACAUACCAACGCACAUCGUGGAUAGCUAUCCAUAAACAAGUGGAAAAAUCA